ACCUAGGUUACCUGGAUUUACAUGUAGACUGAUCAGGGGGACACGUAACUUGUUCACAUUUAUCAAGCAAACACAGUACACCAAUUUUCCUGUUGUCUGCCAUUAGGGGUGGUUUAUCAAAGAAAACUAAAAAAGAGGAAUGAUGUGAUAUACAUUGCCGAAUUCCUCCCGCUGAAAUCUGAGUUCCCUACUACAAACACAAAGGAGUAGAUUUUAUGUUAUAAACUUAUAACCAGCUAUAACACUUUGGAUAUACGGGUUCUAAACCUUGUUGCAGAGGAAAAUACAGGAUAGGUCUUACCACAAAUUUCUUGGAGAGAGAAUACAGGAAAACAUUGGGAUUGACAGCAUAAUACGUCACACCAACAUGUGUGGGUGAGCAGCGAACACACUGACAAGAAAUCAAUACCUCCGGCAGUCACGCCUUCCCGAGUCAUGGCCGUUUCGUCAUGGAUAGUGAUUGUUAUCUGUUUCCCACCUAUCCUCGUUAACAUUGUCAAUGGGAAUUGUGUUGAGAGCCUCCAGGGAAUAUAUCCUGCUCUCGUUCGUAUCAGCGAAAUAGAAAAUGACACUGUCCUUCUGAACACAACAACCUCACCAACGUUGAUUUGGAACUUCACUCUUAGUGAGGUUGACAACGCAGUGAACAUUGACAAGGCGCUGGAACAGGACCUGUUUGAGAACUUUAUCAAUAUUUCAAAGUCUGACACGCAUGUUGAAGUCAAGCUUCUUAAACCACUCAACACAGACUAUUUCUGUAAAAUUUAUAAUAAGCAACUGAACUCAUUUAUCAUUGGUAUAACCUGUAAAGAUCCUGGGAAUUCUGCACCCAUACCUCUGAGUUUUACGGUGAGCAACCUCGAAGUGGAUGAAUUCAAACCUGAGUUCAGGAUACAACCUUUAACCAUAACCAUACCAGAGAGUUCACCUAUUGGUACAACCCUAUUGCUUAUCAAUAACACCCUGAAGGAUGAGGACUGUCCACCUAACUUCGGACUAAACACCAUCCGACUCACUAACUAUACCAUUGACCCACAGGUUAACGGGAUAGGCGUCGUGGAGAUCAGGCUUGGAAGUGUUGGGGACGUCGUUUUGAAACAGAAAGUAGACUUUGACAAGGAGUAUGCUGUAAGACGGCCGGUGUACUUCAUGGUUAACGUGAGAGUAACUGAUCCACAGAAUCGUUUAACAACGACAACACUUCGAAUAAAUAUCAAGGAUGUGAACGACUUACCUCCUGCUUUUGACGAGUUUACUUAUAAAUCUCAUACAAGCAUUAAAUACAGAGGAAAACUGACAGUAACCCCGUCUGCUAUUCAUGCUGUCGACCAGGAUCCCACCAUCAAUUGUUCAGUCAUAUAUAGUCUCGUCCAGAGUGGGCCGUUAAUCCAAUCUUUUGACAUCGAUUCUACCACUGGAGAAUUAAGUCAAAUCCAGGAUGUCGUAUCCGUUGCAGAAGUAAUCCAAAUACAGGCAACAGAGAACUGCCCUGACACGACCACACAACUCUCGCGGACUGUUCCUCUGUUGAUUACUCUCAAUGACGAUACAGUGCCCGUAGGCAAAUGAAAGAAGUAAUGCUCAUAUACAACCAAGUCAAUUAGAUUAUAAAAAUCAUUUUUGCUUAUAUCUAGUUUAAUAGUGAACACACCAAUAUUGAUGUGAAAUAGGAAUGUUUCAUUCCUGGUUCACAAGGUGAUGUCAGAAAUAAAGGUGUAAUAUAAUUAUAUUGGGUGAUAAUUUCAUGUUUCUCUUGUCCCGUAUGUUAAAGCCGGUUUUCGAAAUACUUAUGAAAAAGGCCAUUUUAAAUGGCUAGAUAAGAAAAUUCAAUAUCUAGCGUUGACAAUGUCGUCAUAUGCCAUUUUGACAUGACUAACUAAUUGUUAUUUUACAUACCAUUUAUUCAAGAACAUAUAUAUAUAUAUAUAUAUAUAGGGGUUGUUUUCGUACUUACGUCUUAAUCAGAAAACGGUUGAUUGAUUUGUCAUUGUCAAAUCUAUAGCAUAGUUACUGUAAGCUUUUUUUUAAAACUAGCUCUCUUACUACAAAUUUGAACAUAUAGCGUAUAAAUUGAGAAAAAAACUCGCUGAGGUAGCAGAAUACAGUAGAAAUGGCCCGACUCUGAUAAACAAGGCACAUG